CUUUCUUUCUUUCUCUCACUCAUUCUCUCCCCUCUCAGUGUCAAGAAAUCUUGGAGAGGAGGAGGCGGCGGCUCUGUCCUGGCAGGUCCCUUUCGCGAGGAUGAAAGCCCAGCUUCCCAGCCUGGGGGUGCAGUAGGCGGUGACCCCCGAGAGAAGAGGGAGCCCUCAACUUGUAGGCAGCGGUGUGUGUAAGGGGUGGGGGGGUCUCUCUUUUGGGAGAUCUCCAAACUCCUGCGCUCGGGACCUUCUUCGCCUCUGGACCGGCAGAGGAGGCGCCCCGGCGGCUGCAGCCCAGCCGAGCCCCGCCGGUCUCUCUCGCUCUCUCCCUGCGCCCCGGAGCCAUGCCGUCGCCGCCGCCGCUGCCCUGCCGGGGCUGGACGCUGGCUCUGCUCACGCUGCUGGUGGGGAUCCUGAUCUUCGCGGACAUCUCCGAGAUCGAGCUGGAAAUCGGGAAUUCUGGAAGCAGAGGUGCAAUCAGAUCGGCACUGAGCAGCUUACAUGGCAAACCUAAUAGAGCCGAAGUGUUAAUAAAUGGCUCCUUAUCUCCAGCUGUUGUUGACAGAAGCAAUGAAAGUAUUAAGCACCAUCCAGCUCCAUCCAAAUGGCAACACAACCAGACACUCUCUUUGAAGAUCAGAAAGCACAUCUUGAAAUUUUUGGAUGCUGAAAAAGACAUCUCAGUGCUCAAGGGAACUCUCAAGCCUGGGGAUAUUAUCCACUAUGUGUUUGACAGAGACAGCACAAUGAAUGUUUCCCAAAACCUCUACGCCCUCCUGCCCAGGACUUCACCACUGAAAGGCAAACACUUUCGGACAUGCGCCAUUGUGGGCAACUCAGGCAUCCUGUUGAACAGCAGCUGUGGAGAGGAAAUAGAUGCUCACAACUUUGUGAUAAGGUGCAACCUCGCACCGGUCCAAGAUUACACCCGGGACGUGGGGACCAAGACAGAUCUGGUGACCAUGAACCCAUCGGUCAUCCAGCGUGCUUUCGAGGACCUGGUGAACGACACCUGGCGGGAGAAGCUGCUCCAGCGCCUGCACAGCCUCAACGGCAGCAUCCUCUGGAUCCCAGCCUUCAUGGCCAAAGGAGGCAAGGAGCGUGUGGAGUGGGUCAACGAGCUCAUCCUCAAGCACCGCAUCAACGUCCGCACUGCCUAUCCAUCCUUGAGGCUGCUGCACGCCGUCAGAGGGUAUUGGCUGACAAACAAAGUGUACAUAAAACGCCCAACCACCGGACUGCUCAUGUACACCCUGGCCACGCGCUUCUGCAACCGGAUCCAUCUCUACGGCUUCUGGCCCUUUCCCCGAGAUCAAGACCAGAACCCCGUGAAGUAUCACUACUAUGACACUCUGAGAUAUGGCUACACAUCGCAGGCCAGCCCUCACACCAUGCCCUUGGAGUUCAAAGCCCUAAAGGCACUACACCAACAAGGAGCCUUGAAACUCACUGUGGGGGAGUGUGAGGGGGCCACGUAGGACGGGGUUUCUGGGGGACCCACUUUCCUAGAGGCUAUGCCCCAUGGGAGGAAGGGGGAGGGGGAGGCACAGAUGAGCAGCAAGUGGUGAUGGUGGUGGCAGUAGUGGGAUUGGUUUUCUUUGUUGACGUCCAGAAUGGGGGAUGCAUGAGACCUGUAUCCGGGGUACAGGUUGUGCUCUACCUCUGAUGGUGUUGCUGUUUGGUGUUCGCGGGUGGAACGUGAGGGACAGGACUGGUGAGAGAAGCAGCCCCAGACAGGGGAGAGUGGCUGGGUGCAGAAGGGGGUUGGUACUUAACGGCAGCCUCCCCCUAUCCCACAAAAAAAAAACACCAAGCUUGGGAAGUCGCUGUGGUUUGUGUGGGUACUUUAGCGUGACAACUAAAUGUUAGGGCCAAGUGUUGUGAGUUGGUAGGUAGGGCCUGUUUGGCCAAGAAGCCAGAUUUCUGGCUCGUGUUGUGUUCUUGGCUUAGUGGUAACAAGGGGGGAAUAGGGGUGGGGGUUAAUCCUUAGAUCUGCCUGAGAAAGCAAAGAGGGGAGGGGAGUGAGGAGUAGCAGCCACGGCCGGUUCUCCAAGGGCAUCAAUCCAAGAGACGUCGACUGAGCUUCUCCCUUUCAAUCUGAGACUAUUUCUUAAGUGAAGGGGGUGCCCUUUGGUUUCCGGAAACCGCUAGAAGUUCUCCGGCGUCUUGCUGCAGAAAGGCAAACCGAAGAUCCUUGGAAACUAGUUGGCUGGGUUUGUUGACAUUUCUACAGGAAGAGAAAAUGCCAGGGCCUCAAGAAGAUGUAAUGUGGCUGAUGUAAAAUAAAUGAAAUUCACACACACACACACACACACACACACACACACACACACACAGUUAAGGUGGACUUAGAAAGGCCGCUUGGUUUUCUUUCCUUUUCUAUCUUUCUUAGCAAAAGUCGUUGGGAUGUAGUAUGUAGAAGGUGCCUACCGAAAGCAAUUGGUGUCAAGAGUUCCAGCUUUUAGAAGACUUGAGGUGGAUUUGAACUCAUGACUGGUUCUCUAGCUGAAUCAAACUGCAGAGCUCAAAAAAACAAGCUGAAUCUUCCAGAUCACCCAAGUGACUGCUUUGCUGUGGUCUAGCUGAUUUGUUAUUAAACCAGUUAUUUUAAGUCA